UGAACCUGACCUGACUCUUCUUCCGCCAUUAUUUAGGUCCUGAAUCCUGAUCAUCUUCCUUCUCUCAGGAUCACAAAGUCUUGGAGUCUUGGACAAUUUCAAUUGCAAUCUCAAAUUCUUUAAGCAAAAACGCAAAACAGAAACAUUAAUUUUUUAACAUGGCUUUGGCUGCUACUUCUUCUUCUUCUUCUUUUAAAGUUAUCUCAGGAGCAUCAGGCUUUCCUCUCUCAAGUUCCUCAAGCGAAAUGAAAGUUUCACAAAUCGCUUCGUUCCGGCUACUUGACCGGCCACAUAUGGCUUCCACGACUCUGCCUCGACGGAGGAGUUCGGUGAAGCCGGUGAAUGCAGAGCCGAAACGGAAUGGUUCAAUUGUGCCGCUUGUAGCGACCGUGGCGGCUCCUGUUGAAGAGAAAGUUGCGGCAGUGGAGGAGGACUUUGAAGGAUUGGCUAAGGAGCUUCAAGAUGCUUCGCCUCUUGAAAUAAUGGAUAAAGCUUUAGAGAAAUUUGGAAAUGACAUAGCUAUUGCUUUCAGUGGUGCUGAAGAUGUUGCUUUGAUUGAGUAUGCACGUUUAACUGGUAGGCCAUUCAGGGUGUUUAGUCUUGAUACUGGGAGGUUAAACCCAGAAACAUAUAAAUUCUUUGACACCGUAGAGAAACAUUAUGGCAUCCGGAUCGAGUACAUGUUUCCAGAUGCUGUUGAAGUUCAGGGAUUAGUCAGGAGCAAGGGGCUCUUUUCUUUUUAUGAGGAUGGGCACCAAGAAUGCUGCCGUGUGAGGAAGGUGAGGCCCCUUAGGAGGGCUCUUAAGGGUUUGCGUGCCUGGAUCACUGGACAAAGGAAAGAUCAGUCCCCUGGCACUCGGUCUGAGAUUCCUGUUGUCCAGGUGGAUCCAGUUUUUGAGGGGCUGGAGGGUGGUGUUGGCAGCUUAGUGAAGUGGAACCCUAUGGCUAAUGUUAAGGGUAAUGACGUUUGGAACUUCCUCCAUGCAAUGGAGGUGCCUGUGAAUUCAUUGCACUCACAAGGGUACAUCUCAAUUGGGUGCGAACCUUGCACUAGGCCUGUCCUUCCAGGGCAACAUGAAAGGGAAGGAAGGUGGUGGUGGGAGGAUGCCAAGGCUAAGGAGUGUGGCCUCCACAAGGGGAAUCUGAAGGAGGAUAGUGCAGCACAAGUUAAUGGAAAUGGAGCUUCAGCGGUUGGUGACAUUUUCAAUUCCCAGAAUUUGGUGAAUUUGACUAGAAUUGGUGUGGAAAAUUUAGCAAGAAUGAGUAACAGACAAGAGCCAUGGAUUGUUGUGCUCUAUGCCCCAUGGUGCCAAUUCUGCCAAGCAAUGGAAGGGUCAUAUGUUGAGUUGGCUGACAAGUUGGCAGGAAGCGGUGUGAAAGUUGGAAAGUUCAGAGCAGAUGGUGAUCAGAAGGAAUAUGCAAAGCAAGAAUUGCAGCUGGGAAGCUUCCCAACAAUUCUAUUUUUCCCCAAGCAUGCUUCAAAGCCUAUUAAAUACACAUCAGAAAAGAGGGACGUUGAUUCACUGAUGGCGUUUGUCAAUGCCCUUAGAUGAUGAAAACCAUAUAGCAUUUGCAAAUCAGUAUUCAGCUUUAUCAGCAAAGAAGUCCACGGUUCUCAUUCAUUUUAUACUUUCUUUCAGCUGGUCCGAAAAUGUAGUGUCCUGGUAACUCUGAACUUCACCAUUUUUGUAGAAAUGCAAAAUUUGUGUUUGAA